AUGGUGACAAUUCAGUUAGAUGGCGACAAAAGCUACACCGCAAAAGAGGUUACUGAAUUCGCGAAACUCGCCCUAGAUUUUAUCGGGGAACAGGGAUCUGACAGCGAUCUUCAAUACGCUGCAACAGAUGUCUACUGGACCUUGCGAAACCUGCUUGACUACGUGAACCGACAGGCGGGUGGAGAGUUUACCCUCAAACGUCUCAGAAAAGGUUCGUGGGGACUUGAGUACAACAAGAAAACAUCGGCAAAACGCAAAGCCGAUGAUGCUGCGCACCGAGAGGUUAAACGCACAGCGGAAUAUCUCGAAAAACUGAAAACUCGCCGUUCAACUUGGGAAUAA